UCGUUGUUUUCUGCAGGUGCCAGCCUGUCAAAAUGCCAAUCCUGAAGAGUCUGGGGGUGGGAGACCCCAAGGUGCCGCGGGCAGGGACUCUGCCCCUGCGGUCCUCUCGCAACCCCUUUGAAGACGCUCCAGCGCUGGAAGAAGAGGCCGGGGAGCCGGGGACACUGCCCAAUGGGACAUCGUGUGGCCGGCGGGCCACGCUGGAGAAGCUGGCCGGUCUGGCCCACUUCCGACUGGGCUGGACCUCGGGCCGACGGGCAGGCAGCCCCGGGGACGGGCAAGCCCGCUCUUUCUUGGGCCGUGUGCUGGCACCGGGUAUACGGAGGAGCUCAGCCGAUUUUGGCCUCCUGACCCGCUUUCAGGGGUUCCGAACCCAUGGCGAUGAGGAGCCAACUGGAGAGGCGGCUCGAAGACUGGCCUUCCUGAGACUUGGGCGUGGGCCCAAGCCCCGGCGGGCAUCCCUGGCAGAGAGAGUGGUACCUGCAGGCGAGGCGGCCCCUGAGCCCCCACCCAAAGUCCCCGAGCCCCCAAAGAUGAAGGAACCACUGUCGGUGCUGGAGAUCCUGGGCCUGAUCCAGAAGCGCGAGCUGGCGCGGGCGGACGAGCACAUCCUGGAGCUGGAGGCGGAGGCGCCGGCGGAGGCCGAGGCGGGCGCGGGGCGGCGCGCGCGGGACGUGGCGCUGCUGUACGAGGCGCUGCAGCGCGAGCUCUGGGCGCUGGUGCGCGAGGCGCUGGCGGCCCCGGGGCCGGGCGCGGGCGCGGUGGCGCAGCUGGGCCGCGUGCUGCAGCAGGAGGAGGCGGCGGACGCGCGGCGCGGCCCCGCGGCGGCCCGCAAGCUGCGCGCGCGCUGGGCCGAGGCGGUGGCGCGCGCGGCGCGGGAGCGGCUGGAGGAGGCGGCGGCGCCGGGCGCGCGCGGGGCGCUGGCGGGGCAGCUGGAGGCGCUGCGCGCGCGCCUGCUGGAGGACGUGGCCGCGGUGCGCGGCCGCCUGGCGCCCGCCUACCCCGCGGGGCUGCGCGCCGGCGCCGUCUACCUGCGCGGCUACCACGAGGCGCUGGCCGAGUGGCUCGGGGCGGCCGCGCGCCGCAGGCUCCCGCUGGCCGAUCGCUACGCCCUGCUGCACUGGCACCAUCAGGUGUACCCCAGGGAGAUCCUGGGCCUGGUAGACGUGGUCACCUUGGAGAAUGGGGAGCUGGGGCCCCUUCUGUCCGCUGGCACCCUGCGAGGUUUGGAAGAUGAAUGUGUCACAGAUGUGAAGGUACUUGGCCUCUUGGGGUCUUUGGCUGAGCGACUGGCCAGGGUGGGGCCCCCUGAAAGUGAGCCCGCCCGGGAAGCUUCAGCCAUGGCUCUGGACCGUGUGACCCGACUCUGCCAUCACGUCCUUGCCGAACUGUUAUUCCAGGAACUACAGCCGCACUUCAGCAAGCUGAUGCGCAGGAAGUGGCUGAGCAGCUCCGAGGCCCUGGAUGGCAUCGUGGGCACACUCGGCGCCCAGGCCCUGGCCCUGCGCAGGAUGCAGGAUGAGCCUUACCAGGUGCUGGUGGCCGAACUGCACCGCCGGGCGCUGGUGGAGUACGUGCGACCACUGCUGCGCGGGCGCCUGCGCUGUCGCUCCGCCAGGACCCGCAGCCGCGUGGCCGGGAGGCUCCGAGAGGAUGCCGCGCAGCUACAGCGGCUCUUUCGGCGGCUGGAGUCCCAGGCUUCCUGGCUGGACCAGGUGGUGCCGCAUUUGGCCGAGAUCCUGCAGCUGGAGGACACUCCGAGCAUCCAGGUGGAGGUCGGGGUGCUUGUGCGGGACUACCCAGACAUCAGGCGGAAGCAUGUGGCAGCCCUCCUGGACAUCAGAGGACUUCGAAGCGCAGCUGCCCGUCAGGAGAUUCUGGCGGUGGCCCGGGACCUGGAGCUCUCUGAAGGCGGUGCCCUCUCGCCCCCUCGGGACCGCGCCUUCUUUGCGGACAUCCCCGUGCCCCGCUCAUCCUUCUGCCUCGGCCUCCCUCUCUUCUUGGGGCGCCUCCCCGUCUCCCGGCUGGCCAGGCCCAGCCUGGCUUGUCUGCCCCUGCGGCCUCGGCCUCCGUCCUCAGUUAGAGCCAGAGCCCAGCGCUGAGGCUGCUGGUGCCCAUGCUGCUGCGGAUCCACCCGCCUGCCUCCCACGUGACUCCUUGCCUGAGACACAGACCUCCGGGAUGGGAGGUGCCUUGGCUAGCCCACCCAGCCCGGAGUGUCCCCCCUAGGAGGGAAACAGAGGCCAGGAUGAGUGAAGAGCCCCCCCCCCCCCAGGCCACCGAGGUCAUUCCCGGCACCCUCCUCCCCCAUAGCCCAGCAUGGCGGGGAGCCUUCUGGAAGGCUCUACACAAAUAUCCCCGCCCCACCUCCUCUUCCCUCACCUCAAGGUCUGGCCCCAGUCCAACGUACUAAGGAAUGGUAGAUACUUAGAAUAAAGAGGUUUCUAUUUAACACUAGGAAGGGCAGAGUCCCAAGCGCAGGGGAGGGCAGACAGGGCCCGGGGCCAAGCACUCUUUGCACACACCCAAGGCCACCAGGGCUGGGGUCCAACUCCUAGGGAGGACAGCGAACAUGGACAGAAGCCGCAGAAGGCCAGACUGCCCAGCUGCCCGUUGAUACCGAGUCCUUGAUCUGUGUGGCUCCGAGGCAGGCGCUCGGCCGCUCUGAGCCCGACACCACUAUUUUAUUUAUCCCAGUGUCUGACGUUCUGGGUUCGCUGUUGCCACCUUGGCACGGCCCUCCCCAUCCAUGCUUAGCGAGGGGAACCUCGUCCAGAGAGGAAGGAGCUGGGGGGUUGGGCCGGCGGCAUCCAGGGCGCCCUCCUGGGUUGAUGCAGGAAAAGUCUCAGGGUGGGAAAUUUUCCAGCCUCUCAAGCCGGAGCCCAGCCGGAUCCGAGUCCCCACUUAGUCCUUGAGGUCAUCUCCCUGCUGACCUCUGCCCCUCCGGCCUCAGCUGGACGGCUUGUGAUGGAUGCUUCCUGGCCUGGGUUGUGUUUUAUUUUAUUUUAUUUUUUUUCCCUGAGAAGUCAGAAAGAGGAGGCAGCCAGGGGUCAGCCCAGGGGCCGGGGUUGGAACCUCACGCACGUCUGUCUGGACAUUGGCAACAACAUGGGGGCCCUAGCCUCCGAGAGCCUCCGGCUGUGUGCUUCAGAGGGGAAGCUGUCCGUCUCUGGGUUGUGCUUCCUGUCUCUCCUGGGAAAUUGCUUAACUUCUUCUCUUUGCCCAGGCCUCCCUCCGUAAGAGGCCCAGAGGAUGUCCCUCCUCUUUCCUUGACCUUCUGAAAGUGACACGUCAAUGUCAUUGGCGUGCAGGAGAGGGGAACUGACUGGGUCGGCUGUUGCGUUGGUGGGCGCUUGCACAAUUACACAUGUAUUUCAUCUCA